AAAAAAAAAAAAAAAAAUCAUUUGUUAAAUUUAAAAUUAAAGCAAAAUGUCCACCACAUUUACCAUUAAUGGACAGCCUUAUACGGUCAACCUUAGUGAUCUCCCUCCGGACAUAACUCUGAACACCUUCAUCAGGGAGCACGCCCAACUUACGGCCACGAAGUUCAUGUGCCUGGAGGGGGGAUGUGGGGCCUGUGCCUGUGCAGUCAGCGAUGGGAAGAGCACCUGGACAGUGAAUUCGUGCCUCAAGCUGCUGAAUACCUGUGCCCAGCUGGAGAUCAUUACCUGCGAGGGUCUGGGCAACCAGAUGAGUGGCUACCAUCCGAUUCAGAAGCGGCUGGCCAAGAUGAAUGGCACCCAGUGCGGCUUCUGCUCGCCGGGAUUCGUGAUGAACAUGUACGGGCUGAUGGAGCAGCACGGCGGCAGGGUGACCAUGGAGGAGGUGGAGAACUCCUUCGGGGGAAACAUUUGUCGCUGCACUGGCUAUCGUCCCAUUUUGGAUGCCAUGAAGUCCUUUGCGGUGGACAGCACUAUUGAGGUUCCGAAGGAAUGUGUGGAUAUGGAGGAUCUGAACCUCAAGGCUCGCAACUGUCCGAAGUCGGGAAAAACAUGCAAGGGAAACUGUCGGCAGUCAAAACUAAUCUACGAGGAUGGAUCCCAGUGGUAUUGGCCAAAUUCACUGGCGGAGUUGUUCGCGGCGAUGGACAAUAUCGAGGAAUCAGAUGAAUUUAUGCUGGUUGGAGGUAAUACGGCUCAUGGUGUUUACAGGCGAUCCCCGGAUAUCAAACACUUUAUCGAUUUGAAUGGAGUGGAGGAACUGCAUCAACAUAGCUCUGAAAGAGAGAAAUUGACAUUGGGAGCUAAUCUUAGUUUGACCGAGACCAUGGAAAUCCUUCGCUCUACUUCUAAGCAAUCAGGUUUUGAGUAUCUUGAGGUGCUGUGUAAUCACAUCGACCUGGUGGCCAAUGUUCCCGUUCGAAAUUCAGGCACUUUAGCUGGCAAUAUUUCAACUAAAAAACAACAUCCCGAGUUUCCAUCCGAUAUUUUCAUAUCAUUUGAAGCUCUGGAUGUACAAGUUGUAGUCAUGAAAGGUGCAAAUGACGAAAAGGAAAUUUCACUAAUGGAAUUUUUGGGAGAUGCCGAUAGAAAACUUCUGCUCAAGGCAUUUAUACUGCCUGCGUACCCAAAGGAUAACUAUAUAUACGACUCUUUCAAGAUAAUGCCACGUGCCCAAAAUGCGCAUGCUUAUGUGAACGCAGGAUUCCUUGUGGAAUUAGAUUCCGACUCCAAGGUGAAGUCUGCUCGUAUUUGUUUUGGAGGCAUUCGUCCAGAUUUCGUCCACGCCUCAGACAUUGAACAGUUGAUGGUGGGACACAGUCCCUACGAAUCCAACCUGGUGGAGCAGACGUUCAGCAAAUUGGAGGCCCUGAUCAAGCCGGAUGAAGUGCUGCCCGAUGCCAGUCCCGCCUACCGAUCCAAGUUGGCCUGCGGUCUGCUCUACAAGUUCCUCUUGAAACACGCCCCCGACUCGGAUGUCAGUGGGAAGUUCAAAAGCGGGGGAGAGCUGCUCCAGCGACCACUCUCCUCCGGAUUGCAGCUCUUUUCGACCCAAAAGCAGACCUACCCAGUAACCCAAGCGGUGCAGAAGCUGGAGGGCAUGAUCCAGUGCUCCGGAGAGGCCACCUAUAUGAACGAUGUGCUGACCACCUCGAACUCCGUUUACUGCGCCUUCGCAGGUGCCACCAAGGUGGGGGCCACCAUCGAUCAAAUCGAUGCCUCUGAAGCUCUCCAGAAUCCUGGAGUGGUGGCCUUCUACACUGCGAAGGAUAUUCCCGGAACGAACACCUUUUGUGAGCCCAGUUUUGGCUACGAGGCGGAGGAGAUCUUCUGCUCGGGACUGGUGCGCUACUCCGAACAGCCAGCGGGAGUAGUGGUGGCUCUAACUGCUGACCAGGCUCAAAGGGCUGCCAAGCUGGUGAGGAUCAGCUACAGCAACCUUCGCUCCGACUUCAAGUUGAUGACGAGCUUGACAGAUGUUUUCUCCUGCGAAACUCCAGAUCCUGCUCGCAUUCUGCCCUUGGCCAUUUCAAAGUUGCAGCAUGUCAAACUUUCGGACAAGCCUGAUUUGGAAGUGAGGGGCAUUUUCGAGAUGGGUCUGCAGUACCACUUUACCAUGGAGCCGCAGACCACGGUGGUUAUUCCCUUCGAGGAUGGCCUCAAGGUCUUUUCGGCUACCCAAUGGAUUGAUCAGACGCAGUCUGUGAUUGCUCAUACGCUCCAGAUGAAGGCCAAGAAUGUCCAAUUACAGGUUCGACGAUUGGGAGGAGGCUACGGGUGCAAAAUUUCCCGAGGAAACCAGGUGGCCUGUGCUGCUGCCUUAGCUGCUCACAAGUUGAAUCGUCCUGUUCGAUUCGUCCAAACUCUGGAGUCCAUGAUGGAUUGCAAUGGCAAGCGAUGGGCUUGUCGCUCUGAGUAUCAGUGUCACGUCAAGUCCAAUGGCAGGAUUGUGGGACUCACCAACGAUUUCUAUGAGGACGCCGGCUGGAAUGCGAACGAGAGUCCUGUCCAAGGACAUUCCACCUUUACAGCAGCUAAUUGCUAUGAGUUUACGGACAGUAACUUCAAGCUGAGUGGACAUGCCGUACUCACAGACGCCCCCAGUUCGACUUGGUGUCGAGCUCCCGGAUCUGUUGAGGGUAUUGCGAUGAUGGAGAACAUCAUUGAGCACGUGGCAUUUGAGAUACAGAAGGAUCCAGCCGAUGUGCGACUGGCUAACAUAAGCAAAAAGAGUAAGAUGGCUACAUUGAUGCCAGAAUUUCUAAAGUCGAGGGAGUAUUACGGCAGAAAAAAGGAAAUCGAGACGUUCAACGCCAACAAUCGUUGGAAAAAGCGGGGAUUGGGCUUGUCCGCGAUGUACUUUCCCGUCAUCUACAUUGGUCAGUUUCCGGCCACAGUGGCUAUUUACCAUGUGGACGGCACUGUUGUGGUCACCCAUGGAGGCAUCGAAAUGGGUCAGGGUAUGAAUACGAAGAUAGCCCAAGUGGCGGCCUAUACCCUGGGAAUCGAUUUGAGCUACAUCAAAGUGGAGUCCUCGGAUACCAUCAACGGGGCAAACUCGAUGGUCACCGGCUAUGCCAUCGGCAGUGAGAGUAUCUGCUAUGCGGUGCGCAAGAUCUGCGAGACCCUCAACGCUCGUUUGAAGCCGGUGAAGAAGGCCAAGGCCACGUGGGAGGAGACCGUGGAGGCAGCCAAUGCCCAGUUGAUCAAUCUUAUAGCCUCGGAUCACUACAAAACCGGCGACAUGCAGAACUAUCAUGUCCUGGGACUGGCUCUCUCCGAGGUGGAGAUGGAUGUGCUGACCGGGAAUAUACUGAUCAGGCGGGUGGACAUCCUGGAGGAUGCGGGAGAGAGCCUGAGUCCCUGGAUAGACGUCGGCCAGGUGGAGGGUGCCUUUGUGAUGGGUCUGGGCUACUGGCUCAGCGAACUGCUCAUCUACGAGGGCGACAACGGACGACUGCUGACCAACCGCACCUGGAACUACAAGCCACUGGGUGCCAAGGAUAUUCCCAUCGAUUUCCGCGUGGAGUUGGUGCACAAUCCGCGACCCAGUGGAGCAGGAUUCAUGGGUUCGAAGGCCACUGGAGAGCCACCCUGCUGUUUAUCAGUCAGCGUGAUAUUCGCCUUGCAACAGGCCCUGCAAUCUGCCCGCCAGGAUGCAGGACUUCCUCGGGAAUGGCUUCGCCUGGGGGCUCCCACAACGCCGGAGACAUUGUUGCUCAAUGCCGGUCACCAAGUUGCGGAGUUCAAGUUGAAAUAG